UACAAAUGUGAAAAAAUGUCUCGGAAUAAAUAUUUUAUAGUUGUAUCAGUUGUAUUGUCAUUCGCCGCCUUAUUAGGAGCACAGUCACCAGCUCCCGUAUCACGAUGCUUUCAGUUCACAUGGCUGGGCCCCAGAUGGAAUAAUGAGAGUACUUUCCUAAACGCAACCUGUCAAGAUGCUACCCAACUCAGCAAAUCGGUGCCUUGCUUUGAACCACUAGUUGUGUCCCUUGACGGGACAUGGCCUGAUGUUGAAUAUAUUUGGAGGAACCACGCUGAAAAUGCCUCUUGCAUAUUAGCUGCUAAUGACGUAUGUGCUCAACAUACUUACUAUUUUGAUGGGAAAGUUGACAACUCCACGUACUUGUGCACGAGAGCCGUCAACGAAUUAGGUGCAGCCUUAACCAGUGGAUGUUAUGAAGAGAGAAAGGGGAGUUUCGUUACUAGAACCUGCUUCUGCCGGUCCGUUCCUGGCGGAAUGCCGUGCAAUAGUGCUGCUCUUGCAAACUUUAAUAUCCUUCUGUUACUUGUCACAACAAUAAUUUGGUCUGUCAAUACUGAUUUAUUUUAAGAAUGCUUUUUUUUACUUUUUGUAGAUAUGUUAACUUUUAUUUUGAAAUACAA